AUGAUCUACUCUUCUGGAAGAGAAUCAUACUUCAACUUGAACUCAACCUGGUAUGAUCCCUCGGGCUCCUGGCUGGACACUCGACGCACACCCUUCCGCUACGGCUACGACACCUGCUGCUCAGGAUGUGAGGGUGAAGGCGUUGAAGGCAUGAGAGGGCACAACUACCGCCCCCCCAUUGUGGCUUCGCGCCAGCCAGUCUGCUCCGAGAGAUGCCACGGCUAUGCUGCGGCUGAUUCGUGCCAGGGAGGCGGGGGCUCAAGCUGUGUCAGGAGGCCCACGUACAGCUACGGCUCAUCGGGGGGAUGUCAAAGCUACGGGAGGUCCGUCUGCUCUGAGAGAUGCCAGGGGUCCUCAGGUUCAUGCCACGGAGGUGGAUCGAGCUGUGUCAGGAGGCCCACGUACAGCUACGGCUCAUCGGGGGGAUGCCAAAGCUAUGGGAGGUCCGUCUGCUCCGAGAGAUGCCAGGGGUCCUCAGGUUCAUGCCACGGAGGUGGAUCAAGCUGUGUCAGAAGACCAACAUACAGCAAUGGGUCAUCAGGGGGAUGCAACAGCUACGGGAGGUCGGUCUGUUCUGAGACGUGCCACGGAUCUGGGUACCAGGGAGGGAAGCCAUGCUAUAGCAAACCAGUGCAGCGCGUCUCGCAGUGCUGCCCAGUGCAGACCUGUCCCCCUCCGGUGCAGCAAAGCUGUGCGCCCGUGGCAAAGUGCAACCCAAGCCAGCAGCAAAAGCAGGUCUGCAAAGUGCCAGCCCGGAAGAUAAAGUAG